AUGGCGGAUCCUUUCUCAGUCUUCACCGGCGUCGUCAGUAUCCUAGACGUAGGUGUACGUGCAUCGACUCGCCUUGGGAAUAUGGUACAGACUUGGCGAAAUGCACCGGCCGAGAUUAUAGCUCUCGGCAACGAAGUCGCCGACUUAAAUGUCGUCUUCGACAAGGUCCGAAGUGUCAGUCAAACGGCGAAAGGAAACGCUGCCCUCCACAACGAUGUCGAGUUUGCCACGCCGCUCAACGACCAGGUGGAAGCGGCACGGAGGCACAUAGAUGAGUUGAAAGCCAUCAUCGAUCAUCUCGAGCACCUGAAGCGGCACAAGCGACGGCUCAAGUGGCUGCGGCAAACCUCCAGGGCAGCGAUGCUGCAGCAAGAGCUGAGAGGAAUUAGAUUAAGAAUCAACGGGCUACUCAUCGCGCAAAAUCUGUCUACCAGCUCCCGCAUAGCUCUUGAUAUCCAAAGCGUCCAAGCGAAUCUGGGUCAAAAUCGCAGCGAGCUGGCCGGUCGCCUACAGUCUAUGGACGAGGGGAUUCGGAGAAUGGCGACGGAGAUGGCAACAGUCAAUACGGCGCAGAGAAGUGCCGAUAACAGCAUGCAACAUUUGGUUGACCUUGUGGACCUCCAUGGUCACAUCACGAUUAGAUUCACUGACGUUGGCUACUACUCGAAGAAUCGAGACCUCACCAGCACAGGAGCCAUCAUUCGCGGCUUCUAA